CGCCGUGCGGCCUGGCAACGGGGAGCGUCCUUAGCGACCGGUUGGCAGGGCAACGGUUGGAGGACCGGGCCGAGAUGGCGAAGGAGAAGGGCAGGCAGAAGGAGAAGGGGAUGAAGGGGAGGAAAAAGUCCUUGAGGUUGGCUAAGGAAUCGGAGAUGGAGAGAGCCAAGGCCAACGCGAGCCUCUGGGAGACCCGUCUGGAAGUCACCGAGCUCUCCCGGAUGGAAUACCGCGACGCUUCCCGCAGACUGGCCCGGGAGAACGAGGAACUGAAGAGGCAGCAGUACAAGACGGAGAAGGACACCGUCUCCGUCUUGAGCUACCUCAAGAAGCAGGAUUCGGAGAAAGGAGACUUGAUCGAGAAACUGAAACAGCAACUGGUCGAUGCCAAGAAGCAAGCCCAGGAAGAGAAUGAAAAACUGGAGGAAAGUUACAGUAGGCAGCUGAACGAGCUGACGGACAAGUUUCACCAGAAAGCCAAGGAAAUCGGCUUGAUUCAGCUGGAACUGAAAACCAUCAAGGAUUUUCGUAAGAAGAAACUUCAAGUAGAGAGAGAACUGGAAGAGCUGAAAGAAAACAUGAAAACCACCAAAAAGAAACAUCAGGAGACAGUCCGCAGACUGGAGGGGAAGUUUUCCGAAGAGAAGCAACGGCUAGAAAAAGAGGCGGAGAAGAAGAUAGUGAUGCUGGCAGAGAGAGCUCACCAAGAAGCCGUUUUGCAGCUGGACACCACCGGGAGAUCCGUCUUCAAAGAAAACGUUCGUCUCCAGAAGGCCCUCAAGUACCACAUUAAGGAAGCCCAGGAGUUACAAAAGAACUCUAAAAAGUUGGAGGAGAAUCACGCCUCUCUCCUACAGCUGAAGGAGACCAACGAGCUUCUGGUCCAGGAGAAGGUCCUACAGGUCAGCCAGCAGAAAUCCCAGAUCCGGACUCUGCAGAGGAAGGUGGCGAGCCUGGAGACGGCCCUGGGUCACGUGACCCGGGAGUUCGAAACGGAGAUCCACGACGCCCGGCAAGAGGCCCGGAGGCGGAACCGAGAGGGCCGCGUGGAGAUCGACAAGCUCCAGUACCUCCUGGAGGUGAAGGACCGGGAGAUGGAGCGAGUGAAGAGGCUGGCCAGGAACGUCCUGGAUCAGAGAUCGGACGUGGAGACGUUCUUCCUGGAGGCCCUGCAGCAGGUCAGGCGGGAGAUCCAGAGCAGCAGGAAGAACUACAGGCAGGCGGCCCGGGCCGCUUUUCAGCGGAAGAUGAGAGAGGCCCACGCGGGGAAGACGGAGUACCCCCAAAUCAGGACGUUCGAUGACCGGGAGGACAGCACCAACAGCGUGCACCGGGAUCUGACGGAGGCGGAGAGAUGGACAAACGUGAAUACGGAGAAGGUGGAUAUCGGAGAUCUGACCUGGGAACAGAAGGAAAAGGUUUUGAGGCUGCUCUUCGCCAAGAUGAACUGUCUUCCUCUCAGGAGGUACAGUCGGUGUUCGGCUCCCCCGGUACCAGAACGUACGCUUCUUAAAGCCAGAGAGAAAAAGCGAGCCGGCGACGAGGGUGACGUCCCCGAUCAAACCUUCAUCACGCAGCGGGCUCCGGUCUCAGAAUCGCCCGCCGCCGGAUCAUCUCUUCCGGAUAUCAGGCAGGUAGCCCAGCCGAGCACGAGAUAGCGCGAAACCACAUCGCCUCAACUCUCCCCACCGCAGCCGAAUCCCAACUCUUUCCCCACUCUUCCGGGGGGAGAAACAAAACCCUCCUCUCUCCGGGAAGGGAUUGAGCCCCUCGGUUGGGAGACCUUAGCCAUUAUUGAAAAGCGGGUCAGGCCCGAACCUUUACCCUUCGCUCUUAGCUGGUUUCGAAAAUAAACACUUUCCUCUGCCUUUUGGGAAUAGCGA